AUGCAGAAUGAGUUGAAUCCUCUUUUACUUUCUCAAAAUUCCAUUCGGUUCGCUACCAGAGUUGCUAUUUUCUUCAUCAUUCGUGAUGAACUCAUGGAAGCAAUUACCUGGAAACAUCCUGUGAAAUCCGUGUGUUUAGGACUAACAAUUACUCUUCUCUAUUUGCAUCCUGUCUCAUUUAGUGCAAUUUUAACAUUGAUUUUUAUUACAAUGAUGCCCAUCAGCCUUACUCAUGAUGUGACAACCAAUUUGCGCGAUUUGCAAAACUUUAUGGCUUCUUAUAGUUCCUCUUAUGAUCAAUUGGUGCAUUUCCGUCAAAAUUAUUACCAUUAUAUCUCCCCAUCCGCAAUCUCUUCCGUGCUUGUAAUUUCUUUAAUCAUCUUCCCUUUACUUGCCCUUUUGAGGAUUUCCAUUGACCGUUAUCUACCAGUUGGGCUCUGGAUUGUGCUCAUCGCCUUGCAUCCUCAGUUUCGAAGCUCUUUCUCCCAAUGGUAUUCCACGAGAAAAGACACACUUUCUUCAUUACAGCUCCGAAACGAAGUCGCUCAAGUUUGGAGACAUGUAGUGGAAAAAGAAGGUCAAAUCACCACUUUUUAUUCCCCUUCUCCGAAAGUAACCGAACCUCCACUUGUCCCUUCCCUCGAACUCAUAGAUCCUCCUGUUAAUUAUAGCUGGGCUCCCGAUAGUUCCUGGACAUUCCAUUCUCCCAACGAAUUUCGUCGGUUCGUUUACUGGAAUCCACAACCUGUCAAGCUCAAACGUACCUCAUCUGUACGAACUAGUUAA